GGCGAUCCCCCGUGUAAGAGUGAGGUGGAGGAGGACAUUCCAGUCCAUGUGACCACAGGAAAUCCAAGUAAGAAGUCUGAGGGAACCUUCAUGUUAUCACUAGAUCAUAAAGUAGAAGAUGAAGAUAUCAUGCAGCGCUCUUCAGGAGGUUUUAUUGCCUGUAAUGAACAUCCAGGACCUCACAGUACAGAUCCAUCAUAUAAUCCUCCUAAUCAUGAGGAACCUUCUCCUGACCAAUCACAGAUUGUUAUCACAAGUGCUGGGCAGAAAGGAGGUAAAGAGUUUUAUUGUGGGGAAUGUGGAAAGCAGUUUGCCUACAGCUCUGGUCUUUGUAGACACAGAAGAAUUCACACAGGAAAGAAGCCAUAUUCAUGUUCACUUUGUGAGAAAUGUUUUCUAAGCAAAUCAGAUCUUGUUAGACAUGAGAGAAGUCACAUAGGAGAGAAACCAUUUUCAUGUUCUAAAUGUGGGAAAUGUUUCAAAGAAGAAUCAAAUCUCCUUACACAUGAGAGAAUUCACACAGGUGAAAAGCCGUUUUCAUGUUCAGUAUGUGGGAAAUGCUUUACAGGUAAAUCAUAUCUUAAUCGUCAUGUAAGAAUUCACACAGGAGAGAAGCUGUAUUCCUGUUCAGAAUGUGGGAAAUGUUUCACAGUGAUAUCAAAUCUCCUUACACAUCAGAGAAGUCACACAGGAGAGAAACCAUAUUCAUGUUCAGAAUGUGGGAAAUGUUUCAUAAAUAAAUCAAAUUUAAUUACACAUCAGAGAAGUCACACAGGAGAGAAACCAUAUUUUUGUUCAGAAUGUGGGAAAUGUUUUACAAACAAAUCAAAUCUUAGUAAGCAUGAGAGAAUUCACACAGGAGAGAAGCCAUAUUCAUGUUCAGUAUGUGGGAAAUGUUUUGCAAAUAAACCAGACCUUUUUAAACACGAGAGAAGUCACACAGGAGAGAAGCCGUACUCAUGUUCAGAAUGUGGUAAGUGUUUUGCAAAUAAACCAGAUCUUGUUAUACAUGAGAGAGGUCACACAGGAGAGAAGCCGUAUUCGUGCUUAGAAUGUGGGAAAUGUUUUACAAAUAAAUCAUAUCUAGUGAGACAUGAGAGAAUUCACACCGGAGAGAAGCUGUCUUCAUGUUCAGUAUGUGGUAAAUGUUUUACAGUUAAAUCAGAUCUCAUUAAACAUGAGAGAAUUCACACAGGAGAGAAGCCAUAUUCAUGUUCAGUAUGUGGGAAAUGUUUUACAAUUAAAUCAAAUCUUAUUAUACAUGAGAGAAUUCACACAGGAGAGAAGCCAUAUUCAUGUUCACUAUGUGGGAAAUGCUUUACAAAUAAAUCAGAUCUUAUUAUACAUGAGCGAAUUCACACAGGAGAGAAGCCGUAUUCAUGUUCAGUAUGUGGGAAAUGUUUUACAAAUAAAUCAUAUCUUGUUAAACACGAGACAAUUCACUCAACAGAGAAGCCGUAUUCCUGUUCACAAUGUGGGAAAUGUUUUACAAACAAACCAUAUCUUGUAAGACAUGAGCGAAAUCACACAGGAGAGCAGCAAUGUUAAUGCUUUAAACAAUGUUUUAUAAGAAAAUCAUUCUAACACUCAUCAGAGAAUUCACACAGAGAAGAAACCACAUUUUUGUUAAGAAUCGGGGCUGUGGAGCUGUUAAACCAAAUCUCUGAUCCCAACUCCGACUCCUUCAUAAAUGGCCAAUAAUUCAGUAUGAACGUACUGUGGUAAAAUCUGGCCUUUUCUCACUGGCUACUUAGAGCAGAUACUGUAUUUAUGGGAAUACAAUUUUGAAAUUCCUAACAUUUUUGUAAAUCCCUGUAAGUAAAUAUAUAAUAACUGGAGAAUUCUGUUAUAGACCUGAUAAUUGUAAGGAGUCUAUGAAUGUGCCCUCAGGUAGAGAAGCUGGAUAGUCUGUGUAGCGGAGGCAGGCUGUGGCCACUUGUGAAAAGUUACUUAUUCCUGGACAAUUUCUUUAAUGCUGUCCUCUUGUUCUGUCUAGCAGCUCUGAGAUGACUGCAGGAAUGCCCGGUACUUCCCGGUCUUCACUACUGAGCAUGUGCAGCUAUUUCAGGCCUUGGAGCAGCAUUAGGAUACUGAGUAUAAAGGGGGGGGGGGGGGGAGAAGUGAUUUUCCAUCCACCCUAGAACACCCUGUGCUUAUUUUAUUCUUGAUUAAUAGGGGCCUUAGAUUGAUGAACAUUUAAAUAUAUUCAUGAUUUAACAUUUCAAAAUGUUCUUAAUUCCUAUAAAAGUUAAAUCACACAAUCAAGAACCGAUAUUUAAACUGAAGUCGGUACGUUUCUUCUGACUCCGACACCACCUAAAACUAGCUUCAACUAUUCCGGGUUCGGGUUAGUUUGGGACAUGCAAUAAGCUUAUUCACACACAUUAAACAGCCAAUACGGCCACUUUCACAUGGCAGAGGAUCUCAAAACCCAACCCAAAUGGAUCCGUUUUGAUUUAACACAUUAGGUUGCGUCCAUUAGGAUGCCGUUGUGUUAAAUCAAAACGGAACAAACUGGAUUUGUUACUAAAUACUGGACAUUGAAAGUCAAUGCGUGAUGGAUCAGUUUUUAGGACCCUAAAAAUACGGAUCCGUCACCAUUGACUUACAUUGUUUGUUUUUAGUGACUGAUCCGGUUUGUUCUGUUUCGAUGACCUGACACAAAACCGCAGCUUGCAAUCGGAUCUCAAAUCUGGAUUAUACUAGGGGGACUGGGCAUGUGUUGUCUUUCCAGUCUUCCUCUGUGGUUUUUCAGGGUAUAAUAGCGGGUCUCCUCUGCAGAUGUAGUGUAUGUGUUAUCUAAGGACUCACCACAUGUUGUCUUUCCAGUGUUCCUCUGCAGUUUUCAGGGUAUAAAAGCCGGUCUCAUCUGCAGAUGUAGUGUAUGUGUUAUCUAAGGACUCACCACAUGUGGUAUCUCUCCAGUCUUCCUCUGCAGUUUUUAGGGUAUAAUAGUGGGCCUCUUCUCCAGAUGUAGUGUAUAUGUUAUCUAGAAUGAGGAUUAUACCAGGAGGACUCACCACAUGUGUUGUCUUUUCAGUCUUCCUCUGCAGGUUUAGGGUACUAUAGCUGAUCUUCUCUACAUAUGUAUUGUAUGUUAUCUGGAGCAAGGAUUAUACCCAUUCAUCAGUAUAUGACAUCAGCUGUCCAUGUCAAUGUGUCCAUCCUGAAGAUGUCAUGUUGGAGAUCAGAGAAUCCUCCACACAGCUCUGUGUGACUGCCUUGCAUUUGUCGCUUCUCCCAACAACAGACACCCCUCAUGUCGGUCCCGGUCUCUCACUAUAGCAUAGAUAUGUGUGUCUUGAACAUUUUGGUAUUUUAGUCUACAUAUAUAGAAGACUACAAAUAUAGGGUUGACUUACUCAUACAGGACUCCCAUCCCCCACAUCAGUUAAUGUAGACGUUAUGGCAGCAAAUCGUGGAGUGCUCUUCGUCUCAUUGAAUAUGCAAUUUACUGUCCAUAAAUAAAGUGUCCAUAUGUGAAUAGAUACUUGGAGAAAAUUGCAAUAAAUUCAUGAUUUUCUUAAAUGUAUGUGAACUGCAACUGAAUAUUAAUAAACUACCCUAA